AUGUUUGUUAAAAUGUUGGAGAAUAUUUAUAAUCCAAAAGUAAAUAAACAAUUGAAUUCCCUCAACCCUGAACUCAUUCACUUUCUGCCUUUUGCAUCAUGUGGAUGCAGAUGCUGUUAUGAAGGGUUUUUAGGAUCACUUAGAGCGUGUUGUUGUGCAAAUUUGGCAUUUGUUUUAAAUAUUUAA